GAAAAACUUAUUACUGAAAUGGACAUCAAAAUGCAAUUAACGAACUCAUCUGGAACAAAAGAGGACUUAAUUAGAAAUAUUGAAAAUUAAUUUUCACAAUAACCACGGUCUAUCACGCACCCUUUGGAUUCUACCAUUGGGAAGCUAGAGUUAAAGUUUAAUUCGAUAACAACUUGAACUACUGGUUGACAUGAUGAUCUGACUUGAUAAAACUGAAUUAUAGAGGCACGAGAAUAGGCCACUCAACUUCGUGAACGCAAGUAGCCACGAAAAUAGGCCAUUUGACUUCGUGAACGCUUAGCCAUGCGAAUAGGCUACUUGACAUCGUGAACGCAGGUGGCACAAGUCGCUUUUUAUGGACAGACAUUACGCAAAAUGACAUUGUAGGAUUAUUAAUUAGACUGAACUUCAUAUACUUUGUUUCGAACAUGUCGAAGAUGUAGUCAGUAGUCUCGUUGUGAUAGUUGUACCUGAGAAAUCUGCGACAAAGGAAUAUAUUGAACGAUGUCCUCGUGGGAUUUAACCCUAUUCAUGGUUUUUAUCAGCUCCUUUUGGCAAGGAGUACUCUCCAGUAACAUAGUUUACAUGUCUCAGUUAUAUGUCCAUGUCGGGGCCAAGUUACCAAUCUCCAAUGCCGUUCUUGGCACCCACUAUGCUCAAAGUCCCUCAGAAUGCGGGAUGCGUUGCUUGCAUGAUGAAGACUGUUUAUCAUUCGCGCACAAUAACAUUGACAAGGAGUGUAGAAUGUAUGGAGAGUAUAAGGAUGUGAGCAACGUGCCAGCCAAUGAAUGGACUUAUUUUGCACGGAAACAACUGAUUGCAAAAACGGAUUCUGGGCCAAGGGAGUUCGUUAGAAUGUGCUAUUUCACCAACUGGGCCCAAUACAGCUCACCACCUUUCACAAAGGACGAUAUUGAUGCCAUCGACCCCUUCAUGUGCUCACAUAUUAUAUACGCCUUCGCUAACCUGAAGGACAAUGAACUGUUGGAGUACGAAUGGAACGACCAAGAAUCAUACUCUAAGAUUAAUGCUCUGAAGUCAAGCAACGCUAAAUUGAAGACACUUUUAUCUGUGGGCGGAGCGAGUAAUGGCGAAGCGCCCUUAAAUAGCACGCUCUCGUCAGAAGAAAAUAUGAGACAUUUUGUCAAUCAGUCCAUUGCCUUCAUAAUAGAAAACGGAUUUGAUGGAAUAAAUUUAGAGUUUAGUGGAAAACGCAACAAAGAGAAGUUCGCAGAUUUGGUCACGAUGUUACGAGAAGGCGUUGAUAAAGUUUCCGCCACGCACCCGAUGGAGAUUGCAAUGUUCGGGCCUACUGCACAAGAUUUCAUUGAUGGAUCCUUUGCCGUGGCACGUCUGUCCCAAGAGCUAGAUUUCGUCAUACUCGGUACAUUCUAUUUCCAAGGUGACCCCAACACGCUAGCUCUUCAUACUGCCUUGUACCCCAAACGACCGGACUCCGGGGAGUGGUCAACCUCAAACACGGCAUGGGCAGUGGACAGUUGGAUGGAAAGGGGUAUGCCUAAGGAUAAGAUAGUGAUUAUAGUAGCGACGACUGCGGUGAAGUACACGCUUGAUGAUGUGACUAACCAUCGGCCUGGAGAUGGGGCUACGAAGGGAGACACUGUAGGAUUCCAAGAGACAUGUACAUUUAUAAAAGACAGCAACGCCCAGUGUUACCAAGACAACCAGCAAGUGGGAGACUAUUGUGUUCGUGGAAACACAUGGAUAAGUUUUGAUGGUUCCUCAACAUUAACAUACAAAGCAGAAUGGGUAAUUCAACACGGGCUUGGGGGUAUUGCAACAUGGACUCUUGAUAGAGAUGACUUCUCCAAUUCAUGUACCAUGGGCGCCUACAACCUCACAAAAUCAUGGACGAGUGUAUUAUCAGAUGCAUCCAAACAAUGAUGUUCGAUGUAUAAUUGGCUUUUAUAUUUGUAAACCUUGACAUUUUAAUUUUGAACAAUCGUUUGUUAUUGACCUAGAUGGAAUGCUUAUCGUAAGGGCUUCACUUUAAUAACUGAUGGAGGGUUAACCAACUCAUGCCAUCAAUAAGAUGUUUUGUCAAAUAGAUUAAUUUAUGCAUUCGUUAUUUGAUAUUUAUACAUACUCCUCUUCAUAAGUUUGGCAACCUUUUAUCCCCAAAUAUAGACAUACGUGUUUAAAGCCCCUCUAUGUUUUUUUUAUUUUCAUAACCUGCAAGAAAAACUGAUAAUGAAGGUGGAGCCUACUCUUUACAUGUUAUGAAAAUAAAAAGUCAAACCUUUAACACAUACAUAUAUAGGGAAAAGGGUUGCCAAACUUAUGGAGGGGAGUGUAGCACUAGAAUACUUUAUCAUUAAAACGACG